AAGAAGAAGUUCUAGUGAAGUCCUGUGACUCAGAAGUUACCGAAACAGGGGGAGCACCGAUGUGACGACAAAAAGUGCAACGUGCCGACUGUCGUGUCUCACUCUCUAUAAAAACCCACCAGCGCGAGUGUUUCAUCAUACACCAGCCACUACCUGAUCGACACGCGAGCUCUGCAAACAAACAGGCUUUUCCAAAUACGCACCCAGAAAACAUACGUUUGGUUUCACUGCAAAAAGAGGAAGAACAGAAGACCUCUAUCUCAAUCGCAAAAAUAAUUGGCAUUUGCAACAAAGAGCAGGAUGGAGAAGAUGCAAGACAGUAAGGGGAAGCAGAUCACAUGGUGCCUCAUGCUCUGCGUGUCCACAGCUGUCAUCGGUUCCUUGCAGUUUGGCUACAACACAGGCGUCAUCAAUGCACCCGAUGAGAAAGUGAAGAACUUCAUCAAAAAUGUGACUCUGAUGCGCACUGGAGAUCCAAUGGAUGACUCCACAUUGACAACAGUGUGGAGUGUAACCGUUUCCAUUUUCAAUGUUGGCGGCAUGAUUGGGUCUCUUAGUGUCGGCACUCUAGUUGACAAACUGGGGAGACGGAAAGCCAUGCUUCUGUCCAACAUCCUGGCUUUGAUUGGUGGAGGCCUGAUGGGUUUAUCCGCCGUGAGCACCUCUUAUGAGUUGAUAAUAGUUGGGCGUCUGGUUAUUGGUGCAUUCUGUGGCCUGUGUACAGGAUUGACACCCAUGUAUGUGGGUGAAAUUGCACCAACGGCACUGCGAGGGGCUUUUGGUACCCUUCACCAGCUUGGCGUGGUCAUUGGCAUCCUAAUUGCCCAGAUCUUAGGUCUGGAGUCAUUGCUGGGGUCUCAGACCUUGUGGCCAUUGUUGUUGGCCCUGACGACAGUGCCUGCAGUGUUACAGAGCAUCAUGCUGAUCUUCUGCUCGGAGAGCCCUCGAUACCUGCUGAUCAAUCUGAACCAGGAGGAAGAGGCACGCCAAGUGCUGACUCGUCUUCGUGGGCAUUCAGAUGUGGAGGAUGACAUUCGUGAGAUGAAGGAAGAGGCCAUGAAGAUGUCCAUGGAGAAGAAGGUUUCCAUUCCAGAGCUGUUCCGUAACCCCGCUUACAGGCAGCCCAUUAUUAUCGCCAUAAUCCUGCAGCUGUCCCAACAACUGUCCGGAAUCAACGCUGUCAUUUAUUACUCUACAGAGAUCUUCAGAAGUGCAGGUAUCACUGGGCCAGUCUUUGCCACCAUUGGAGUGGGUGCCGUCAACACUCUCUUCACUGUCAUCUCUCUCUUCCUGGUGGAGAGGGCAGGAAGAAGAACACUUCACAUGAUCGGACUGGCUGGAAUGACUUUCUGCACUCUGCUCAUGACCAUUUCUCUUAAACUUGUGAACACUACAGGAGCACAGAAUGUGACUGCCGUCUCCGUCGCUGAAUCUGCACCUGUAGGGCAGGGAACCUCAGCGAUCAGCAUUCUGGCCAUUCUGGCAGUGUUUGGAUUUGUGGCCAGUUUUGAAAUGGGACCAGGUCCAAUCCCAUGGUUCAUAGUGGCAGAGCUAUUCGCUCAAGGUCCACGUCCGGCAGCCAUCGCUGUGGCAGGAUGCUGCAACUGGACUGCCAGCUUUCUUGUCGGACUGCUUUUCCCAAAACUACUGAAACUGUGUGAUGCGUACGUCUUUAUCAUAUUCCUCAUCCUCCUGAUCAUCUUCUUCGUGUUUACCUACUUCCGGGUUCCUGAGACCAAAGGCCGGACGUUUGAAGACAUCGCCAGUGGGUUUUCCAAGUCCGCAGGCACCAGUGAUGCCAACUACACGUCGCCAGAGGAUGUAGUCACAAUGCCAGUAACCCCAUCAUCAGAGAAGUUUCAGAUGACUGAAUUGGCAGGCCAGGAGAAAAGCUGAGAAACCUAUAAGAAAAAAACACAACCCUCACAAAAUUGACACCUUAUAAUGAGCACAGAGCGGACAGUACAGAACAGAUGCAGCUAAAUAAUUGGCCUUAUUAUAAUGAAAUAGUUUGCGUUUUGAUAUAAAUCAGUGUUACACUGCAGGUGUUACAGAUGUUAAAAUAAUCUCAUUUCUGUUGUCAAAUCACUGUGGCUUUUUUAUUAUUAUUAUUAUUGAGGGGAGUUGGCUUCGAAAAGGCAACCGGGUUUAAAAAAUGCCUUUUGCAAACCACUGGCAUAGAGGUACUAAACAGUGUUAUGAUAUUGAAAGCCUUUUUAUGAUUGGCAGUUGUAAAGUCAUUAUGAGCAAAUAUGUAUUACGUGUGAUUGCAGAUGUUAAGUUACUGUAUGUUUAGUUAGAGUUUAGUUGUAUUUUUAAAAUAACUGAUGUGUGAGAAUUCUACUGAGCACUAAGCACUUGUCCAUAAUCAUGUGGAAUAUUAAACUGAUUACUAUGACUUCUAUUUAAAUAGUUGGUUAGCAGCUUCCCCAUGGUGCCCAAAGACUUAAAGCAUCUUUAUGAAGUUUUAUGUAUUUUUGAGACUUUGGAGCCACCUACAGUUGAGUCUAAUUCAGUGUCGUAAUUAAAGUAGAUAGCUGUACUCAUGCUUUUGUUGCUGUCUUAAAGCAAUCCGCCUCUUUCACGGUAUUUCAUAUCCACUCAACAAACUUACUUCCGGAACGGACGUUUGCAAGGAAGUAUGGGAAAUAAACAGAAGCCAUAUACCUUAUUAGAAGUCAGUUUACCAUCAGAUGUUUUAAACACAUUACAUACAGUUGCUUUAAAUCAGAUUGAAUUUUAUGUGCUAAUCGCUUGCGCUCAGCUGCUGUCUAUUUGACUCCUGUUUUGCUGUUAUGCCAACUUUUGUACAAAAGAGUAAUUUUAUUGUUUAAAUUUAAUUAUAAAUUCUAUUAAGUAUCAGUUUAAACGGUGUUCAUCACUUCAGUAUUUCACAUGGUGAUUGUCAGUCAGCGUGACUGAAUGAACACUACUGAUACGGGAUCAUGUGAAAGUUACUCAUGACAUCCAAAGAUAACAAGCACAGAUUUAUUGUUUAACGUGGAUGUAUGUGCAUUCCAUAGUUCAAUUUAAGAUUUGUAGUUUAGGUUUUUUUUUUUGCUCUACUUUGUAAAUAUAUAUUUUUGUUUGUUUACAUUUUUUACUGUUUUGCUGCACUAGCUUGACUGAAUGAUUGACAUGCUUUCUGGAGUUUUGUCAAGUAUGAACCAUGAAUUUUCAUGAAAUGUGCGUUUUAUAUAUGUAUUUAUAUAUUUUGUAAUAUUUAUAGCUUUGAUUUUUUUCAAUUUCUUAUGUUUUUACAUUUUUUGUCAAACUCUCCUAAAUGUAUGAUUGCAUGUAAUGCGAUAAGAGAUUGUGAGAUUGACAAGAUUAAAACAUUCCCAUUGCACUUGA